UCAAUAAUCAAUAAUAAUAAAUUGAUAUACACUAGAUACGUACAUUCACACGAUAUAUAUCCGGAUUAUGAGUAUCUUAUAUCCGGAUAUGUAGCAUCUAUAAUACAUUCAAAAAAGUUAAUGGAAUCCUUUUAAUCUAACGGCUCUAAAUUACCCCAAAGGCCCACUAACGUAAUCUCCACGGUUAAAACCAAAAAUAAAGAAAAUCAAAAAAGAAUUUAAUUCGAAAAAUAGAAAAAAAAUAUCUCAAUUCUCCAAAUCCGAAAAAAAAAAAAAACACCAAUGGAGCCGAAUGAAAGUAGUGGACUGAGUUCUUACUUCCACCACCACCAUCACCACCAACAGCCGCCGCAAAACCCUAGCACCACCGCAGUUUCGCCGACUAAUGGAAUUGUACCGACUCCGGCGGCGGCGGCUACUGCUAAUACUGGUGGCGGCGGUUCCCAUAUGGUGUAUAGUGGUGCGCUUCCGUCUGCCGUGUCACCGGUUAUGGAGAGUGUGAAGAGGAAGAGAGGGAGACCUAGAAAGUAUAGCACACCGGAGCAAGCGGCGGCUGCUAAGAGGAUGUCGUCGGCUUCGGCUCCACCUAAAAAGAGGGAUCAUGGUUUGAGUAGUGUUGCUGGUGUAGAUGGUGCUGGUAGUUCAUCGAAGAAAGCUCAAUUGGCUGCACUCGGUAAUGCUGGUCAAGCUUUUACACCUCAUAUCAUCAAUGUGUCUACUGGAGAAGAUGUUGGUCAGAAAAUCAUGAUGUUCAUGCAACAAAGCAAACAUGAACUAUGUGUAUUGUCAGCAUCUGGCUCAAUAUCCAAUGCCUCUUUGCGUCAGCCAGCAACAUCUGGUGGAAGUAUUACAUAUGAGGGACGGUUUGCCAUUCUCACUCUAUCUGGAUCUUAUGUACGCACUGAAACUGGAGGUAGAACUGGUGGGCUGAGUGUGUGUCUGGCAAGUACUGAUGGUCAAAUUAUUGGAGGUGGAGUUGGUGGUCCCUUGAUAGCUGGAGGCCCAAUUCAGGUGAUCGUUGGCUCAUUUUCAGUUGACUCAAAAACUGUGGGACUAAAGCAUGAUGCUUCCCCACAAUUUGGUGGAUCACCAAUAUCAAGUGUAGGCUUUCGUUCUGUGGUUGAUUCUUCUAAUCAAAGUAUGGGUGGAGGCCAGUUUAUGAUGCCAUCUCGUGGUAUGCAACCAACACCAUUACAUUCAACUGAUUGGAGGGUUAGCACUGGUCAGGGCUUGCACCAGUCUCCAGAAAAUGGGGACUAUGACCAUCUUCAAGAUUAGUUAACACAUGUCGUAUUAGGAUUAGUGUGGUAAACUUUCCCAAGUUAUAGGUUCUUUUUUGGAAGAGAAUAUACAAACUCUUUACAUUUGUACAGGCUAGCAACAACACUUCCCACGUAGUGUCUUCUUUGCAGAUAAAAACUGCCCCAAAUUCACUGAUGUGUGGACCCCAGAAUUUCUUCUGCAUUGCUCUGAUUGUGCUUUAGAGUUGCUUA